GACGGAGUCUUGCUCUGUCACCCGGGGGGAGUGCAGUGGCGCAAACUCGGCUUACUGCAAGCUCCACCUCCUGGGUUCACGCCAUUCUCCUGCCUCAGCCUCCCGAGUAGCUGGGACUACAGGCACUCGCCACCACGCCCGGCUGAUUUUUUGUAUUUUUAGUAGAGACGGGGUCUCACCGUGUUAGCCAGGAUGGUCUCAAUCUCCUGACUUCAAGUGAUCCACCCACCUCGGCCUCCCAAAGUGCUGGGAUUACAGGCGUGAGCCACCGCGCCCAGCCCACACCCAUCAGUUUUUUAUAUGUUUCUUUUUGAGAUUCUGUUUCAAAAAAAAAAAAUUAUCUGUAAUUCUACCUCAAAAGUCACAUUUUUGGAGACCAUGUAUUCAUGGUAAAAUGUCUAUGCUGUAAUCUAAGGUGAAAAAAAGAUGCGGCGUCACCUGGAGUUUAAGAAGCUUCACGCAAGUAUUGAAUUCCUGACAACGGCCAAGAACAAAUUUAGAGGGCAGAAGUCCAGGAACGUAUUUCGCAUAGCUAGCCAAAAAAGCUUUAAGGCUAAAAACAGAGUAAAACCAAUUACCGCUAAUCUUAAGAAGAUACACAUUAUGAAUGAUGAAAAAGUCAGCAGAGUAAACAAAGCUUUUGGAAGUGUACAAGAGGAACCUCCACAUUUCUCAAAAGGCCUUUCUCUUGAUCUUCUGCAGAAAGAGCUGAUUCCUCAGCAGCGUCAUGAGAUCAAACCAGUUAAUGUUGAUGAAGCUACAAAACUAAUGGCUCAGCUGUAACACACUGGUGAUGCACCUAAUUCUCCACAAAGACCAAUAAAUUAAGUGUUUUCUACCAAAAACAGAUGCAAUGCAGUCUAUUCAGUGUAUUCAGUGUGAUACCAACUUUGAAAAAAUAUAUACGUAUGUAUGUAUG